CAUCUGAUGGAUCCUCGAUCAUCCAUGAUGCAUGGAACCUCAUCAGGUAGAAGGUCAAGUCGAAUGCCAUUACGAUCAUCAUAUUCUCUUGAACGUGAUCCUUUAAUGGAACGUGGAGGUGGUGGGGGAGUUCCAGGUGACCCUUACAUGUCUCCAAGAGAGAGAUCACUUGACCGGUGUGAUAUGACUCGACAUUCACGGACAAGGGAUCGAUCACUUGACCGUUCAGUUUACCUAAGAGAUGAUCCUGUUGGCUAUCGAGAUAAACCUGAUGCACUAUUAGAUGAUCCUAUCUACCGUGAAAGGCCAUCAUCAAGAGCAGCGAUGGGUGUCAAUUUUGCCGAUCCAACUUCGGGAUCAAUUAAUCCAGCCUAUUCUCGUGAUUCAUAUAUUAUGGAGUUACAAGCUCGUCUAAAUGAACUUCAAAGUCAAUACUCACAUGUUAAACGAGAAUUGGAUGCAACUACACAGAAAUUGGGCUCUUCCAUGCAUUCGAUUAAAACUUUCUGGUCACCCGAGUUAAAGAAGGAGAGAUCACUUCGGAAAGAAGAGGCUGCCAAAUACGCUUUGCUCAAUGAUCAAUUAAAAAUCCUUCGAUCAGAGAAUCAGAAACAGACAGCAUUAAUACGACAAUUGGAAGAGGAAUUAAGAUUAUCUCACCUUCGAAAUCCGGAUCAAGAGAUUCAACAGCACAUGGAAGCUCUUUACAACGAGAAAGAGCAUAUGUCCAAAGAGAUUUACUUACUUCGAGAGACAAUUAAGGAACUUGAACUACGAAUUGAGACUCAAAAGCAAACCCUUGCUGCUCGUGAUGAGAGUAUUAAAAAGCUAAUGGAAGCCAUGUCGAAUAAGGGAUUAACUGGAAAAAUGUAUGAAGAGGAAAGGAUUGAAAUGGAACGUUUGAAAACUCGAAACAUUGAAUUGGAAACUCGAAUGAGACAUUUGGAAACAAUGCUAGAAUCAAAGGAGAAAGAAAUUCUCAAGAUUGAGGAAAUGCGCUUAGAAUUAAAUAAACGAGACCAAGAGAUAUUGGCCAUGGGCGCUAAGAUGAAAACGCUUGAAGAACAGCACCAAGAUUACCAGCGACACAUUUCGGUGCUAAAAGAAUCGCUAAUUGCCAAGGAAGAGCAUUACAAUUUACUACAAUCCGAUAAUGAGGAGCUUCGAGCAAGAUUGGACGAGAAGAAUAAGUUAAUUGAGAAAAAGACUCAACAUGCUAUGGUAACAAGUCAAGAUCGUAAUAAACUUAAUCAAGAAUUACAAGAACUUCGAGAUCAUGUAGAUAUAAAAGAUCGUAAGAUUAAUGUUCUACUUCGAAAGAUUGAAAAUCUUGAAGACUUACUCAAAGAGAAAGAUAAUCAACUUGACCUUUCCCGAUCUCGUCUAUCGUCAAUGCAAGCACAUCAUUCCAAUUCUGAAGGAACCUUGACCAGCCUCGAAGAAGCGAUAAAUGACAAAGAUAAACAGAUAAUGUUAUUAAAAGAGCAACGAGAUCGAGCCGAAGCAGAAAGAAAUGAAGAAAGGGAAUUACAUGAGAGAGAAAUCGCUGAAUACAAGAUGAAAUCUCUUGCAAUUAAAAGCGAAAUGGACAAGUUACAGGUCAUUCUUGAUAAAGCGGCUGCCGAAAAGGAUAGAAUUGAAAUUAAACUGGAAACCUCUCAAUCCGAAUUGGGUAAAGCUCGAGCUGAACUUGAUAAAAUUCAAUCUGAACAAUAUCGCCAAACAAGUGACUGGGAACGGGCAAGAACUGAAAACGCUCGACUUAUCCUUGAGAAUGAACGACUUCGAAAUGAGAUUGAAAAACUUGGCCGAGAUUCAGAUCGAAUCACAUCAAACAUUUAUUCAAGUCCUUAUCGAGAUCGUGAUAGAGAUCGAGACCGAGACCGUGAUCGAGACAGAGAAAGAGAUAGAGAUCGAGACCGUGAUCGUGAUAGAGAUUGGGAUAGGGAAAGAGAUCGAGACAGAGAUCGUGAAGCUUCAUCUUCAGCGCUUCGAAUGAAUAAAGCAAGUGAAAUGGAGAUUGAAAAGUUAACCGAACAGUUGGAAAAGACUAAAAGUGACCUGAGACGAGCUCAGGCUGAGUUAAGAAUGAAUCAGACAGAACAAGAUCGUUCUCGUGCCGAUAUGGAGCAAUUACAAGAGAAACUCGAAAAAUCUCAAGGGGAAAUUUAUCGAUUGAAAGCUAAACUCGAAAACGCUCAAUCGGAAAGGGAAUCACUUCAAGAAGAAUACGACAAGAUUCAGUCUUUAAUCGCUCGAUGUCAAAUUGAGAGGGAUAACGCUCAUACCGAGGUAGAAAAGAUAAGAACUGAUAUGGAAAGAAUUCAGGCCACUUUGGGUAAGACACAAUUACAAUACGAAAAGGCUCAAGCCUCGUUGGAUAAAAGCCAAGCUGAAUACGAUCGACUUCAAGAAAAAUAUGACAAACUGAAUGCUGAACAUCGUCGAUUAGCAGCUGAUCGUGACCGAUAUCAAAGUGAAGUAGAAUCGUUAAGAGUCCAAUAUGGUGAUGUUGAUAAUAAGCUCCAGAAACUUCAGAUGGAACGAGAAACUUCAUUAGUAGAAUUGGAAAAAUUAAAAGAAAAAUAUGAUCGAACCACCAAUCAAAUGAAUCGAUACUUAAAGGAAAAGGAACAAGCCAUUCAAGAUUGGGAAGUUCUAAAGGAAAAGUUUGACUCUCUCCAAAAUCAAGUAACUCGAUACCAGAAAGAAAAGGAUUCAACCCAACGCGAAGUCGAGCUAACCCGUGAAAGGCUGGAAAAAGCUCAACAUCAAGUCGAAAGGUACCAACGGGAGCAACAAACAGCCGAAACUGAAGUGACUUUACUUCGAGAAAAAAUGGAAAAACUAUCAACACAAUUGCAAAAAGCUCAAGAAGAUAAAGAGAUUGGUAAAGUUGAACAUGAAAUGAUGAUGGAGAAAAUUGAUAAAGCCCAAGGAGAAGUGAUUAAGCUACAAGCUCGAUUAGAUAAGUCACAAUCAGAUGUUAAUCGACUUACAAUCGAACUAGAUAAAGCUCGAGCCACUGCAUCUACAGUUAAAGAAGAUCAUAAAAAAGCUCAAAAUGAGUUCGAAGGUCUUCAAGAGAUUUAUGCAAGAACCAAUAGCCAAUUGAUGAGAAGUAAAGAGAUGGAAGAAAAAUUGAAAAUGGAAGUGGAAAAAUUAACAGCUGAUUUAGAGGUGUUGAGAGAAAGAUAUGAUAAAGCUUCGGAACAAGUUCGUAAAUUGUCACUUGAACGAGACAAAGCGGUAACUGAAGCUGAUCGCAUGGCCCUGGAGAUGAACAGAAUUCAGGCUCAAGCAGGUAAAACUCAAACGACCCACGAGAAGCACCAAGAAGAGUUGGUUCGACUUCAAGUUGAAAGGGAAAAAGCAUAUGAAAAGAUUGAACGAGUUCAGGGUGACCUUAGGAAAGCUCAAGUUGAAAAGGACAACAUUCUAGCAGAGAAAGAGAGACUUGCAGCUGACCUUGAAAGGUAUCAAAGUCAAACGAGUAAAUAUCAAGCGGCCCAUGAAAAAUUCCAAUAUGAAUUUGAUCGUAUUAGUAUCGAUUUGGAAAGGAUUCGAGAUAAAUACGAGAAAUGUAAAGUUGACCUGGAUCGAUCUAACGGGGAAAAAGAGAAAAUGAUGAUUGACCUUCAAAGAGCAUCAGCUGAAGUUGAAUCGGUUCAAAAAGAGAGAGACAGUUGCCUAAAGGAGAUUGAUAAUCUUAAAUUAGAUUUGAAACAAUUAAGGGAACGAAACAUAGCAUCAAAUGCUACCGCUUCGUCGGCAGCAGGAUCAACCGCGGCUGCAGCAGCGGCGGCAGCGGCAGCGGCAGCAGCAGCCAAGAAUGAAGCAAUACAACAAUUGAAUGAACUUCGAGAGAAACACAAGGUUGAACUCGAUAUGUUGCAAAAAGAAUUGGACAAUGCUCGAGCUCGACUCGAGAAGUAUAAAGCUGCCGAAACGAAGCAAAAACAGGAGAUCGAAAGAGCGAUCAUUGAAUUUGAAAAGAUUCGCGAUAAAAUGGAACGAAAUCAAGCUGAAUUAACGAAAGUCCAAAGAGAACGAGACAGUUUAAUGGAACAAGUAAAAUCUCUGCAAAACGCUUUAGCGACAGCGAAAUCAACAUUAGCAUCAAAUCAAAUUCAACAACAGCAACAAUUAAAAUCGGGACAACAGCCCCAACAACAAGUGACACAACAGCAAAUCGACGUUGGAUCAGCUGAAGUGGCUCGAUUGAAACAAUUAUUAUCCAAAUCGGAAGAUGAUCUACAGAGAACUUUAGCUGAAAACAAUCGCCUUAAGAUGGAGGUUGAAAGACUUCGUCAAGAUUUGGACGAUGCUGAAGGUUAUAUACAGAAAAUAUCGGAAGGCCAAGAGGCCAGAAUGUCGGGUGAAUUUAAAAAGUUAAAAGAUCAACUUGAAAAAUCAGAAGCUUCACUCGCCGCAGUUAUGAAGGAAAGAGAUUCUCUUCAUAUUGAAUUACAAGAAUUAGCCGAUGCUUAUGAUGCUCUUGAGAAAGAGAAGGGAACACCAACUGGCCUGCCCAAGGCAGAGGUCGAUCGUUAUAAUAGUCAAAUCGCCGGUUUACAAGCGGAGAUGAAAAAAAUGGAGCUUUCAUGUAGAAAAUACGAAACUGAGAACAAGGAAUUAAGAAGUAAACUCGAAAAAUCUUUGGAAGCUAUUACAACCUUCCAGAAACAAAUCGACGGUUCUAAACAAGAAAUUAACAAAUUGUCUGAACAAUCAAGAUUGUUGAAGAGUGAAAAUGCCAAAUUGAUUGGUCAACUUCAGCAAACUAAUCAACAACUUAAUUCAGCUAAAUCAACAGUCGCUUCAGCCCAAGCAGCCGCUCAAGCUGCUCAAGCUCAAGCAGCGGCAGCACAGGCUCAGGCUCAGGCUGCCGUGAAUAAUAAUAAUAACAAACCCGAUCCAAAGAUCGUGGAGGAAGUUAAUAAAUUAAAAGGUGAACUAGAAAGACAACGAAAUGAAACCCAAAAAUGGAUGCAAGAGGCAACACAAUUAAGGAAACAAUUAGAUCGAGCCCAAGAAGAGAUGAAGACAUUCAAACAAGAAAGAGAUCGACUUCAAGAUCAACUCGAAAAGUUAAUCAAUGAAUUAGAAGCUAAAGAGAGGGAUCUUCAACAGGCUAAACUGAAUCAACAAAAGGGUAUGCAACAAGCAACUGCCCAACAGCAGCAACAACAACAACAAUUAGCCCAACAAAGUGGUGAAUUAGUGGCGAUGAAAAAGUCACUCGAUGAACGAGCUCGAAGUUUACAAGAAUUGGAAUCAAAAUUAACCAAAAGGAAAAGUGAACUUGAUUCAAUGGAAAAGCAACUCGAACUUGCAAUGAAACAACAACAACAACAGGGUCAACAACAAUCACAACAAUCGGCCUCUAAUCAAGCUGCUAGUGAGAAAAUGUUAACCGAAUUAAAAAAGAAAAUGGAAUCAAUUGAAUCAGAGAAAGUUAAAUUAAUAGGUGAAUUAAAAAAGACCAAAGAUGAAGCCAAUCAAACCCAAACGGAACUUGAAAGAUUGUUACAAAUAAUGAAAGCAUCGGAAGAGGAAAAGUUUGCCCUCAAUAAGCAAGUUCAAGACUUGCAAAAUGCCCUGAAAACAACUCAAAGUGCUGGUCAUCAUCACCAACCAACACCCCAACAGCAACAACAACGUCGUGGACCUGGACCUGGACCUGGACCUCCAGGGGGUGAAGGUCAUGGUCAUGAUCCAUCUAAAGGAGGUCAACAGUCUCAACCUGGUGGUCCCGCUAGUUUUUUUUCUAGUUUUUUUUAACCAUAAAUUGAAUUUAGAGAGUUAACUAAUUGUGGUAACUAAUCCUUUGGAGGAUUAAGGAUGGAGAGUGAGAGGGAAAUUAAAAGGAUAAAUCAAUCGAUUGAUUAAGAUUUGAUGAUUUAAUUGUCACCAGAUUCACAUGGAUUCAAUUGAUAUUUUUGAUUCUUCCUUCCCAACAAACAAAAUCAUAGAUACUCAACAAAUCCAUGUAUCCACGGUUUCAUCAGUAGUUGAUUGUUGAUUAAUUACUGACUAAUAUUGUGCUUUGCAAACAAUACACACACACCGAUACACUCACACUCACACACAUACACUCAGCAUCAUGUUAAAUUGUUGUUUGUUGAUUUCUGCUAAUUAGUUGGAAUAUGUUUGUUUCUUUUGAUAUCGCCAAGAUCACCAGCCCACCGCCCGACCAAGUACCACUUUGAAUAAUAUUGAAUCUUUGUCUUUCUGUUUGAUUCCUGUGUGUGACCAUCAUCAUCAUCAUCAUCUUCAUCUUCAUCUUUUCAUAACUUAUAUAAAUGUUUCAUCAUCAAGAAUUAAGGUACACACAAUUAAUUCAAACAACAACAAAUCAUCACAUUCACAAUUUUCAUGGAGGAAAAAAAAAUUCAGAUGAUCGAACUUAAAUUAAGUGCUUUCCAAUGGCCGAAAUAGAUGAAUGGAAAACACUUAAUUGUUGAUCACUUUUUUUUUCUAAAUCAACCAACUGACCAAGUCUCUUAUUAAUUAUUAUCAUUUUUAAAUCAUCGAAGUGAUUAUAAUAAUAAUAAUAUCUAUUAGACAGAAUUAAUUGUAAUUGUUAUGACUGAUUGAUUGAUUGAUUUACAAUUUAGGAGGUAAUUUGAUUAACUGGACAACAACUAAUGACCAAAAAAAAGAGCAGAGGAAACUUUGAUUAACUUUUUUUUUCCUCAACAAUUAAUUGUGUGUUUGAUAUACAAUUAAACAUAUCAAAGUGAUGAGACAAUUAAACUACAAACCUGAUGAAUACAAUACUAAUUGAGAAACAAUCAAUUUGGAUUGAUAAUUUUGGACUUUUCUGUUUCAUGUCCUCAAUUAAAUCAAAUUUAAUUGUUAUCAUUUGUUUUUGAUUAACUGGCCUAAAUUAAGCAAUUAAUUUGCUUCCUAUGGAAACAGCAAUUUGCAAUGAAAGUAAAUCACCUUUAAUUAUAUUAUCAUCAUCAUCAUAAUCUUCAUUAUAAUUAUCAUCUUAAUCAUUUGUCAUCAAAUGAAAAGUCAAUUGCUGACCAAUGGUCUUCCCAUUAUAAUUAAUAGCUGAUGAAAAAAGAAAGUGAUUAACUUAAUCACAAUUAAGUUUUAACAUCAAUCGGUUUUUGGUCCAGUUUUUUUGUUUCAUUCAAUUAAAUUGUUGCUUCUUAUGUUAA